AUGACAAUACCAAAAUAUGUCGAACUCGAACUAAAUAAUGGUUCCAUAUAUAAAAUGAUUCCAGAACAAGUCGGCUAUAAAGAUAAAAACGGAAUUUGGAUGACAAGAACACAACUACCACUUAGUCUUGGUUAUGCAAUUACAGUUUAUCGUUCGCAAUGCAUGACUUAUAAUAAGUUAGUUGUUGAUCUCACCGACAUAAAUUGGAAACCUGGAAUGUUCUACACGAUUUUAAGUCGUACACGAAAAUUAACCGAUAUUGUAAUCUUAGCAUACGAGCGUAAAUCGUUCAAAGUGUCUAAAGCAGCAUUACUUGAAAUGGCCCGCUUGCAUAAAUUAGAAGAAGAGUUUCCAAUUCAAAUUGAACAAUAUCUACAAUCCGAGAACUAUACUGAUUGGUGUCUAUCACAGUCAUUGAAUAUCCCUAAAUUAUCACCAAUACCAUCAUAUAAAAAUAUCAUCAUUUGUGAGGAACAAGAUCGAAAUUAUUGUGGACGACACUCUCUUCGUGCGCUUGCACAAAAUCUUGAUUUAUUUAGUGAUGAGUAUUUAGUAGAAAUAGCUAACAAUUUAGCGGCUGCUGAACAAAUAUGUAGAAAUGGAGAUUCGAUACGAAUUACACAAUACUAUUACGAAAACAGUGGAGAUUAUGAUAUUCAAGUUUUAGACGCAGCUCUCCGUCAUAUUUUUAAUAUACAGCUUCUACAAAUUAAUAAAUUAGAGAAUAGUAAUUGUCCUAUUCGAAGUUUAAUUUUAUCUAAUACUCAAAAUAUUCAAGCUCUGCUUAUUCAACAAGAUUAUCAUUAUUAUAUUCUGCGUCAAUUUCGUUUGACAAAAGGUUACUUUUUUAAAAUUGAUUCUAAACAUACUAUGUAUCAUGAACCUAUUCAUUGUCAAGAUAUAUUAAAGUUUAUUGAUUUACUUCUGCAAUAUCUUCUUGAACCACGUACACUUUGCGAUGAAGAAUAUGCAUUAUUUAAAACUUUUGGAUACAAUCAAUCUAAACCAGACAUUGUUAACAACUUCGAUCAAUUUCUUGAAAAUUUUACUUCUCAAUAUGAUUAUCAUACUUGGAGCAAUUACAUCGAUUGGAAUCUCUUUAUUAUUGCUGGUGGUUCAGUUGUUUUAUCUUUACUUGCUCGACCUUUAUUUCAAAAUACAUCAGAGAUUGAUUUAUUUUUUCUGAAAGAAAGUGAACACUUGUUUAAAAUAUCUGUGGCAAGAUUUAAACUAGUUCAGUUUGAUUUGUAUCGAAAAUUCACUAUUAAUGAUAUUUUUCAUGACAAAAAUUUCGCACCAUCACUUAUUAUUCAACUUAUUCGUCCAACUACCACAUCUACUAAUAUCUCACGAAUUAUUCAUUCAUUUGAUCUAGAUAUUUGUGCUGCUGCAUUCAACUCGAAAAAAGUAAUUAUUUCAUUUGCAUGUUUACAAGCAUUAAACUCUGAUUUUACAACAUGCUAUGCUGUUCCAUUUUCUACAUCGAAAUUCACGAGAAGAGCUCCACGUUUAUAUAAAUAUCAACAACGAGGCUUUAAUAUUCUUAUUCCGCAACAAUUUGACAUAAACAAAUUUCUUGCUACACCUGUAGAAGAUUGUAAAGAAGCUCGGCCAGAACAAAUAUAUCGAUUUCGAAGAACACAUUUUGGCGAUAAUUGUGAUUCAUUUUCGAUACAAAAGAAGUUUUGUGAAUAUUACAAUUUGAUCUAA